AUGUCAUUGACAGAGCUUGCGAUUGCAGUAGCGGAGGAGGCUGCGCCUCAGACGCAGGAAUUGUCACAUGAUGAAGACAGCAAGCAACAAGUACUAGAAGACACAGAUAAUUUGCAACUAAAAAGUAUUGGGUACAAACCAAUUCUCCAUCGAACUUACGGCUUGAUUGAAAACUUCUCGACAACGUUUGCUGCUCUUUACUUCGUGGGCGGAGUCCGAGUCACCUUCAGUACCGGAAUUGCUGCUGGAGGAAAUUUGGCAUACUGGACAAGUUAUCUGGUCACUUGUAUCUUUACUUUUAUUACAGCCGCAGUAAUAGCCGAAAUAUGUUCGGCUCUCCCUGCAGCUGGCUCUAUUUAUCUCUGGGCUGCCGAAGCAGGGGGGCCUAAAUACGGGCGAUUCCUUGGUUUCGUCGUAGCAUGGUGGAGCAUAGCAGCUUGGACAACUUUUUGUGCUAGCAACACGCAGUCAGCUGUGAAUUAUAUGCUUUCUGAGAUCACAGUUUUUAAUCUAGAUUUCCCUUCCGACUCAAGCAUUGUCAAGUUUAGAACAGUGCAAUGGAUCUGCACCGAAGUCCUCUUGGCACUCGCGAUCCUUGUCAACUUCUUACCACCUCGCUUUUUCCGAUAUGUGUUCUACCUUUCGUCUUCCUUCGUCCUUCUAGACUUCCUGCUCAAUAUUAUCUGGCUCCCAAUCGGCACCGCUAAUACCUGGGGCUUCCGGACCGCAAACGAAGCGUUCAUGACAACUUAUAAUGGUACUGGAGCCCCAACAGAGUGGAAUUGGUGUUUGUCCUAUCUUGCAACAGCUGGUAUUCUGAUUGGGUUCGAUGCCUCAGGUCACGUGGCGGAGGAGACGAAGAAUGCGAGUAUCGAUGCCGCCAAGGGCAUUUUCUGGAGUACGGUUGUCAGUGGUAUUGGGGGAUUCAUUACCAUUAUCUUGUUUCUAUUCUGUACUCCCGAUGCUGCAACACUUUUUUCAUUUGGGUCUCCACAGCCAUUUGUGCCCUUGUAUGCUGUUGUGCUGGGCCGAGGCGGGCAUUUAUUUAUGAACAUAGUCUGCGUCACUGCACUGUGGUUUAACACCGCAAUAGCCAUCGUCGCAGCCUCCCGACUAGUCUUCGCAGUAGCAAGAGAUGGGGUUCUGCCAUUCUCAAGCUGGGUCUCCAAAGUAUCACCCGAAGGUCAACCUCGCAACGCAGUCCUUGUCAUUUGGGGCGUUUCCGCUCUCAUCACUUGCACGAUCCUUCCGUCAGGAGUGGCCUUCACUUCUCUCAUAUCGGCAGCUGGUGUGCCUUCCGCGGCGGCAUAUGGUUUGAUCUGCUUUGGGUGCUUCUUCCUCACUCCAAACAGCUUUCCUGAGCCGCGUUGGAGUCUGGGGAAACUUCGUCGGCCGUUCCAGUUCGUUUCGAUAUUUUGGAAUGGGUGGGUUGUUGUGGUACUUUUUUCUCCUUAUGAGUUCCCUAUCACUAGAGAGACGCUUAAUUAUGCUCCCAUUAUUAUGACCGGGGUCACUAUAUUUGCUGUCCUUUCCUGGUGGUUCACUCCAAAAGAGGCCUGGCUUUCAAAAAAACAUAUCACAGACUUUUCGGAAGCAGAUACCAGUGCAGGAGAAGAGAUUACUGGAGAUCCCAAGGAUAUUGUUACUCGCGAAUAG